ACAAUUACCUUGUGAUUGAGGACUACUGACCAUUACCUUGUGAUUGAGGACUACUGACCACUGCCUGCUGAUUGAGCACUACUGACCACUACCUAGAGAUUGAGGACUACUGACCGUCAUGUCAGGACAGCAGGAGGACACGAGAAGGUUACUCAAAGAACUGGAGCACAAAUGUCUUGUGGCUAAAAAUGAAAGUUUACAGCACGCAGACGAUGACCGGAAGGGAUGGUGUGGUAUUGUCUGGGACAAUGUUAUGUGCUGGAAUGCAACCAGACCUAACACAGUGGCUACUAUGAGAUGUCCAGGUUAUAUUGACCGUUUCGACACCUCAGAGUUUGCCGAGAAGACAUGCACAGAGAAUGGAACCUGGUUCGUCCAUUCAGUCCUGAAUACUUCUUGGACCAACUACAACAACUGCAUUCAUAGACCAGUCGAUGUGGACAUUAGCUCUCAUAUAGAAAUCGCCGACAAUUUGAUUUUGCUGUAUACAAUAGGUUACAGUGUGUCGUUGGUCUCUCUGCUGGUAGCUGUAAUCAUUAUGUUAAACUGGAGACGACUGCACUGCAAGAGCAAUACUCUCCACAUCAACCUGUUUAUAGCCUUCAUCCUACGAGCUGCCAUGUCCUUUAUGAAAGACAGACUCUUUGUCGGAGGACUCGGACUUCCACAGGACAUCAAACGAUCCGAAGACAGGACAUUGAUAUUCUUAGACGAAGGACCGCACUGGGAAUGUCGCACGCUGUUUGUACUUCUGAUGUUCGCUAUUUCGGCCAGUCAAACAUGGAUGCUCAUGGAGGGGCUCUACCUCUACCUUCUGGUUCACAAGACGAUGGUCACGGAGAGGCUUGGGGUCAAACCUUACAUCGUUCUCGGCUGGCUUCUUCCCUGGACAUUUCUGACUCCAUGGAUUAUCGUGAAAUAUAUCUACGAGAAUAAAUUCUGCUGGAACAUGCAGUCCAACCCAGUCUAUUUCUGGAUACUAAAAGGUCCCUGGACAGCCGUGGUCCUGAUCAAUUUCUUUUUCUUUCUCGAUAUCAUCCGGGCACUUAUGACAAGAGUCAGAAAUAACCAACGCCAUGCGGGGCGAUCUCAGUACAGAAAAUUCGGCAAAUUCAUUCUAGUACUGAUUCCUCUGUUUGGAAUCAUGUACAUUGUUUUAAACUUCGCCUUUCCAUCAGAAGUCAUGCUGGGGGACUACAACGUCAUCUAUAUGUAUAUUGAAAUGUGUUACAAUUCUUUUCAGGGAUUUAUUCUGGCGUUGUUGUUCUGUUUCCUCAACGAGGAUGUCCAUUCGGAGAUGAGACGCUCCUGGCAACAACAUAGAUCCAGACGUUACAACAGCAACAUUUUCAACCGGUCUUUGGCGGGUGGCUCGAGCUGUCGCGCCCCUCGGUCACCCGUCCCCGGUUCGCCCAGCCUGUACGUCGCCCAUUCGGUCAACGGCAACAAGAAGUCUUACCCACGCGACGAUAAGGCGCGACUGCAGCAUUCCCUGUCUGCACAGUCAACGUACGUCUCAUCGUCCGUAGCGUCCAGCGACGCCGUCGACGUGCGGGGCAGGGGCUCCGGCCGGGCCACCAACGGUUCCACAAAGUGCUGCAACGGAACAAAGACAGACCUGGCGUACGUAAAGCCGAAGUACAAACUCCAGGCCCUCACGACGUCAUCCAAAAGCUCGCUCCUCGGCUCCAGCGCGGUCAAAUAUCAGACUGACCUCUGUCCGGUCACUGACCAAUCGAAAUCUUCCAGGAUAUCGCUCUACUGACAUUCUUCCAGACAUUUUACAACCGUUCUCAUAAUAAUACGUUCUCCAUAUGUUGCUUCUGUUUUUCUUGGAUUAAAGAUAAAUGU